CCCCACCAAUGUUGGAAAAUAGUAAUAUGCUCUUUUUCUCUCUCUCUGUUUCUGUGUGUGUCUCUGUUUCCCUGAAGUUUCACUCACUGGUCCUUUACCAUUGUUCCCAUGGCGACCGCCCAAAAGUUAAUAACUUUCUCUCUUCUACUCGACCACCACCAUCCAAAACUCUCCUUCCCACCUUUUCUCUCUAAGCCCCACAACCACAAACUCUCUUCCAAAUUCUCACCUGUUGCUUUCAAUGCCACCCGUGCUUUAUAUACACACUCCUCCACUUCUCAUAAAUUAUUCACACCCAUUACAGUUUCCAGACCCAGCUCCAGUUUCUUGCAAAUGGGUCCUCAUGAAGCUUGCUCCAGUAGAGAAAUCACUGUCAAAUCUUCUGUUUCAGAAUCCGGUGGCACUUCCACGCUCUCUCAAACGGUGUUUGGGAUUGCACAUUUGAUUAUUUCGCUUGGGAUCAUCCUGGCGACAGAUAAGAUUUUGAAAAAGGCGUUUGUGGCUGCUGCUAUUCGGUUCCCCAGUGCGCUAUUUGGCAUGUUCUGUAUUUUCUCCAUUCUAGUUAUACUUGAUUCCACUGUCCCGGCUGCUGCAACAGGUUUGAUGAAUUUCUUUGAACCUGCUCUCAUGUUCAUUCAAAGAUGGCUGCCGUUGUUCUAUGUUCCUUCUUUGGUUGUUUUGCCACUUUCGGUUAGAGAUAUUCCAGCUGCUUCCGGAAUCAAGAUUUGUUUAAUUAUAGUUGGAGGCUGGCUGGCUACGCUUUCAGUUGCUGGUUAUACAGCUAUAACUGUAAGAAAAAUGGUAAAUACAGAAAUGACAGAUGCAGAGCCUAUGGCAAAACCGCCCCCUUUUUCUACCAUUGAAGUGUGGACUUGGACUGGGAUUUUUCUUAUAUCAUUUGUUACUGCAUUAUUUUACCCAACAAUACUGGGGACAAGUGCUCGAACAUGCCUUCCUUUCCUACUUGCAUCAACAAUCUUAGGCUAUAUGGUUGGCUCUGGAUUGCCAUCAAAUGUGAAGAAAGUUUUUCAUCCAAUUAUUUGCUGUGCGGUAUCUGCAGAUCUGGCUGCAUUGGCUUUUGGGUACUUUUCUCGGUCUGGGCUUGAUCCUGUUUUAGGGUGUUACCUUACAAAGGCAUCUUCUAAUCCUGGAGCUGGUGAUGUUCUAAUGGGAUUUUUGGGUUCUGUUAUACUCUCUUUUGCCUUCUCAAUGUUUAAACAGAGAAAGCUUGUCAAGAGGCAUGCAGCGGAGAUUUUCACAUCUGUGAUUGUCUCAACAAUUUUCUCAUUGUAUUCAACUGCCUUUGUUGGACGUCUUCUUGGAUUAGAAUCGUCUUUGACUAUAUCAAUUCUUCCUAGAUGCAUAACUGUGGCCUUAGCUCUCAGCAUUGUCUCUCUUUUUGAAGGUACCAAUUCAUCUCUCACAGCAGCUGCAGUUGUAGUAACUGGUUUGGUUGGAGCAAAUUUUGUGCAAGCAACACUUGACAAACUGCGAUUUCGUGAUCCUAUUGCUCGAGGGAUGGCAACUGCAUCAAGUGCUCAUGGAUUAGGAACAGCUGCGUUGUCAGCCAAGGAACCUGAGGCUCUCCCAUUUUGUGCCAUUGCUUAUGCUCUAAAUGGUAUAUUUGGAUCUCUUCUCUGCUCAGUUCCAGCAGUCAGGCAAAGCUUGCUUGCAGUAGUUGGCUAAAAAUAUCAUCAGUGCAAUACACAUCACCUUGAUUGCAAUUAUAUUCUUUCCAUGAGAUUGUUUUGUAAAGAGAAGCAACAGCCCAUCAUAUUGAAAACUAGAUGGCUGUAUGGUGUACAUAAGUUGAUAUUAAGGAAUUUACAAAUGGAGGGAGGCAUCAUAGUCCAGGAAUCUAUCCUUCUAGAAUUGAGUUUAUUUGGCUAACAUGUAUCUGUUUAUAUGAUGAUACGGAAGUAAUUUAUAUUGAACUACAUUACUGUAAA